AUGUCCGAGGGCAUGUCCUCGUCCAGCGACCCUUCUGCUGUCAGCUCCGGCAGCGACGACACUUCCUCGCUUCCCACUACCCCGGAUCUUCCUCCCUCCGAGGAUGACUCGCAGCCCGAAGACGGGAUGCCGCCGGAGUCGCCCACUCCAUAUCCCUGGACCUGGACAUGCCACCGAUGUGGGCAGGAGUACCGCUUGGGCGUCACCCGCCGCUGUCUCCGGGACGGCCACUACUACUGUACGGCGCGGGUGGGCGACCGGCCCAAACGGAUCUGCUUCGCGGAAUUCGACUACAGCGGGUGGAGAGAAUUCAACGACUGGCAUCACGAGGUCCGCAAGCUGAAGGAGGAGGAAGAGCAAGCGAGCAAGAAGCGAAAGCGGUCGUCGUCGUCGUCGUCGUCGUCUUUCUGGGCCAUGUGCCCGAAACCCCAGCAGCAGCAGCAGCCGAGGAAGAGGAACUGCUGGGAGAACUGCGACUAUCCAAGCGAGUGCCACCACAGCUGUGGUGCUGCUGACGACGAGCUGCUUUUCAGCAGCGACGAGGACGAGGAGUGGCAGCCGGCGAGGAAGAUCCGCAGGAUCGGGUAG